AUGCUCGCUCCAGGGAGGCCUCCAGAGAGUCUUAGCAUGGACGACUCUGGGUUCGAACUUCGGCCUGCCCUGCCUGAAGAGGUGGAGGUCGGCUGUGGACCUGGAGAUCUCCUACGAAGCGGAUGGUCUCUGCCCGAGGCGCAUCAAAUUCUGGCGUUCUCCCUAGAGGCAGAUCAGUCCUCUGGCGCAUUCGUUCAGGUGGAAGAGGAGAAAGUUCCGAAAGAGAGUCUGCUGCAAAGAUUAAGGACACUGAUUAAACGACUAUGCUGUUCCCCAAGAAGCUGUGAAGAGGGUUGCUGCCCUGGAGGGACUCUUGCACUGUGGUUGAAGAUGCGCGCAUUCCAUUUCAUUCACGAUUUCACUGUGAUCUAUCUCUUUUACUUUGGGUAG